AUGGCGCUGAUCGGGACGGCGGCGGGCUGGGGGGCGGCGAGGGGAAGGGGCGGCGCGGCGCUGCUUCAGUCCUCAGUGAGGAGCCCGCCUCUCCGCCUCUCGGUUCGGGCCGGGGAAGGCGGGCACUGGCUUCCUCUCGCCUCGUUGCCCCGCUUGCAGAUCCGCCGCAGAGCUCACGCCGGGGCGGCAGCAGCAGCAGCAGCAGCGCCGACCCCGGAGACGUCUCCCUGCCUCAAGAGGUUCGCCGUUUACCGCUGGAGCCCGGAUAACCUCGGGGAGAAGCCCCGCAUGCAGACGUACGAGCUGGACCUCAAGAAAUGUGGCCCGAUGGUUCUGGAUGCCCUGAUCAAGAUCAAGAAUGAAAUGGAUUCCACCCUGACUUUCCGCAGGUCCUGCAGAGAAGGCAUUUGUGGCUCGUGCGCCAUGAACAUCAACGGAGCAAACACUCUGGCUUGUACCAAGAGGAUCGACACCAACCUCAACAAGGUCACCAAGAUCUAUCCUCUCCCUCACAUGUAUGUGGUGAAAGACCUCGUGCCUGACCUGAGCAACUUCUACGCCCAAUACAAAGCUAUCCAGCCUUAUCUGAAGAAGAAGGACGAAUCAAACCAGGGAAAAGAGUAUUUACAGUCCAUAGAAGAUCGGGAUAAGCUGGACGGGCUGUACGAGUGCAUCCUUUGCGCCUGCUGCAGCACCAGUUGUCCCAGUUACUGGUGGAACGGGGACAAGUACCUCGGCCCAGCCGUGCUCAUGCAGGCCUACCGCUGGAUGAUCGACUCCCGGGACGAUUACACGGAGGAGCGCUUGGCCCAGCUGCAGGACCCCUUCUCCCUCUACCGCUGCCACACCAUCAUGAAUUGCACCCAGACCUGCCCCAAGGGCCUGAAUCCCGGGAAAGCAAUCGCAGAAAUCAAGAAGAUGAUGGCCACGUACAAAGAGAAGGUGGCCCACGCUUAGCGGCUUCCUUGUGUGCAGUCAGCCUGCCUUCCUGCUGGAGGGCCUUUAACUUAUAACUGGUUUUUCAGUGGGGUCAUAGACUCCGCCUUGCUUGCAUGGACAUGUACAGUGAAACCUGUAAAGACAAAUAAAUAU